UUCCGGCUCGCAUUCCGCAAGCGGCGCGCGCGCUUGACAAUCGUAUUCGUGCAAGCCUUGUGCGUGCGGGCGGCGUGCAGCACUCAGCCAGUUUAAAUUUGGCGCGCCAAUAGUAGUGGUCAAGCCGCGCGCGCUCGUGAUUGGCAAACAAAGUUGAACGAAACGAAAAAAGUUCCCUUGUGUUUUGUUUUUAUUGUGGGACUUGUUUCUUGGCCGAGGACAGUUAUUUAGUUAGUUUUACAUUAUUUAUUAGCGUAAGAUAGUAAAUAGGAGCUAGUGUAGUUUAACCCAUCAAUAAACAGUUUAAAAGUGAAUAAAUUAUGUGAGUGACCCGUUGUGUGGUGAUUUUUCGUCUGCAAUGGGAUCAGCGGGAAGUUUUUAAAAGCUCAUUCUAUAUCCUUUGUUUUAAAACGUGGACACCUACGCUACGCUAAUGCUCGUGUGACUCGUAGUACGUACGAUAUACUACGAUACGAUAGACAUUAUUUAUUUACAAUGGACGGGGAACGAAAAAUACACAUGAGCGAAGAUGUCCCAUUGAACUCAACAGGUGCGGCAAACAUAUUUUUGAACACCGGCAAAAAUACUAAGUUAAAUUCACCAGAUGGGACUGUCAUUCAUCUCAAAUCAGAGAAACCCGCCGACCUCGGGGUCCACAUCAACACGACUUUUUCCGUGGCGUCUUCCAAGAAAAUAAGGCUUUUGUUUGUCCUGAACUUUUUGUUAAGUGUAAUAUGUAUGAUACUAAGUUGUUCCAUUGCUUUUUACUACUGGAACGAAAUGAUAUCCAUGAGACAGCAGCUAGAUUCAUUAAAAGAGCAGUUUAUGAUGCACAGUUUAGGGCAGGAUAAAAUCCAAAGCAGCCCUCUCGUGUCAUUCCAAAGACCACUGCCCAGCAGUGAAAUUAGACAUCCAAGGAUGGAAGGCAGCUCCAAAGACGUUAAUCCUUUGAACCCUAGAAAGUAUUUUGUCGAAGACCUUGGGGAUGACAUGCUCCUGGUGGAUUCCAGCAAAAGAAAUCCCAGUAAGGAACUCUUACCAUCUAUGGACAUGAUGCAAGCAAAAAAAGAGCUACUUAUAGUCCAAUUCAAUGGUGCCAAAAAAGAGACCCAUAUGGGGUCACAAUCUACAGUCGGGCCGUGGGUGCGAGAUAAUGAAAUAUCUUCUCCAAACAGUGAGACCAAGAUAGAAUUAAACACCAACUAUGUUACAGUCCAAGAGGAAGGCAUCUACCUGGUAUACGCUCAGCUGGUAUACCUCACUCAAGCCCCCAACUGCUACUUCAUCUUUGCGAAUCAGAUAGGGCAGUCUGCGCCACGUCUCCUGACCACGUGCGCGACAGGCGACGACUCCUCGCGCCGGCCGCUGGACAAGUCGCAGAUAUCUUGCUCCGUGCAAACUGUCGCGCGACUGUUCAAAGGCGACCAAGUGAACAUUGCCCAGCGCGAACACAAUAGAACCCUCUUGCUAAAACCCGGUUACUCCUACUUGGGAUUCAUCAAACUAAGUUCCUAGUUAUGGCUGUGCUAAUCAUUAAGGAAAGGUAUGAAAUAUAAAGCGUUUAUUCGCAAGUUGAAGAUUGAAGAUCUUAGUCUGUAGGUAUGAUGAUCAGUAGAGAUCAUGGAUGGUGCUAUAAUAGUGAGUUUAUGAUUUGUAAUGUUGAGAGUGAUAAGAGUGCCAUAAUGUACACUAGCGAGCAACCAAAUCGACUUGACCGUAAUUCCACAUACAUACAUUGAGUUUUGUAAAACUGUACAAGAAAUUCAGAAAAAACAAGUCAUUUGAAAGACUGAAAUUUCAGCUUUAAUGACGGAAUGUCAAUAUCCUUUCAUAUAUUUUUUAUGAAUCGUGGCCGAACAUAAAAUGUUAGAAAAGAGUAUUUUGGUCAGGAAUUUUUCAAAUUAAGAAAGUUCGUGCUUGGUGUACAGAACCGUGCCAUUGCGUAACCGGCACCCUCCACGGAGCCCCCCCCCCAUCAUUGAGAACCCCCC